CAAUCAUCCAGCAGAUGGUAGCUUCGCGGCACUGCCUUGUCAGACAGCCGCAAAAACCAAUUAUCUGAAUCAGCGGUUCCUCCCGUACUAAGCUGAAUUACCAUUGCGAGCGACGGCCAUCAGUAGGGUAAAACUAACCUGUCUCACGGCGGUCUAAACCCAACUCACGUACAUUUGGAAGCAGCGUUAUCGGCUCUCGAAAAUGGCAGUUGCGAAUAAUGUAUCCAGUGUCAUUGCCACUUUUAUCACAUGCCUGCCAUAUUAAGUAGGCACGCUAUUAAUUCAAGUAAACAACCAUCACAUACCACUUUUAUACGCUUCCAAUACAUCCCACUCACAUUCCUAUCAGAAAUCCCAAUCAGCGGCGGAAAACAUGUAUGGACUCAUAAAAAAGAAGACCGGAAUCGCUCCGAAGUCCGAUAAAUAUGAUCUUCCUAAUAUGGCGAACUGCUUAGCUGCCAAUAAAAGCAGACGGGAGAACGAACAUAUCAAUGCGAUGGUGUUCCAUGAUGAAUACUAUCGUGAGCGCAUGCGAAACAUCCAGGCCACAUACAAAGUUAAACAGGAUAAUUCCCCUGGUCUAGGGUACACUUCACGCAUUCGGCUGAUCUGGGACCAUGAUCGCCUUUUGGGUACAUUCGAUUUGGACGUUUUCAACGGUUCCUUUGUCAUUGAUCCUGGUCCAGGUCAAGACCAUUUCAAAGCUGAUGUUGAGUACUCAAAGUUCCAUGAGGCCCUGGCGAAAGAUAAAGAAUCGAGUGAAGAGUCUGCGGAUGAUGACGAUGAUGGUGGAGAUGAUGAGAUUGCUGCGACCAAGGAGUAUCGUUUCAAAUGGCGUGGAACAAAUGCAAAAAUACCUCACAAAUCAUUUAAUUCUGCAUUCACUAUCGGCAAAAUUCGCUUUGGCAAUGGCAAGAUUUGGGGUCACUUUGAAGCAAUGUCGGGUGUUGGUUAUCCAGGUGGUCGGUGUGAGUUUCAUGGGAAGAUACCUCAUGGACCUUGUCUUGUAGACAUGUCUGUUCAAGAAUUUAUUGAUAAAUGGAAUGGGUAUGCCGAAACUGAGGAGGAUGAAAUCCCACGAUCACCGACUCCAAGAUCCACAAUAGCAAAGUCUCCGUCCGAGCAUGAUGACACUUAUUCAACAGGUUCGCUAAUGGAUGAUACGUCUCAGCUUAAGGAAUGGACCGAGAAAGACCAACAAAGUUUUAUCGAAAUGAUUACUGGCAUUUAUGAUAUCACUAGCAGGGAGAUAGAAGAGGAUUGGUUGUCGACUUCAAAGGGUUUAAUGGCUCGUCUGCACGUAGACCAGCAACAAGGAAAAGUCUUGGGAUACUUUGACAUAGGCAUCGUUGAAGGUUUUCUCUGUUUGAACGAUAGCCUAGAAGCCCUAACACACAACAGCCCCAUGGAAUUCAAAUGGUACGGACGAGGUACCUUCUCCGGCUCAACCGAACAAGGCACCGGCACACUGGCCAUCCGAAGCCGAGGCGCAAGAACAGUCCAAGGUAUGUUCUACGAUAUGCCGGAUAAAAAUGACGGCCAAGUGGAUUUUCACGGUAUGAGACGUCUGCUGCCGGCGGGAGUUUCAGGUCGUGGUUCUGGCUAUUAUCGCGCGCAGUGGGAGGAAUAUAACUGUAAGAAGUCGGAGCUUCCGCAGGCGACAGCGACAGCGACGGCGACGGCGACUGCUCAUAAGGGUAGGUGGGGUGUUAGACAGGAACUUGCGAAGAGGGUUAGCUGGAAACGGAGUGGUGAGUCUGGUUAGGUGGGUAGAUGUUGUUUAGAUGGAAGGAGGAGAAGAAGGAAGCAGGAAGGAAGGAAAAGGCACGGAUUGUGAUAUUGUUAGAGUAGAAUUAGACGAGAUGAAACUGGACUACAUUCAACUGGUGGAAUUAGCUAGUUGGAA